AUGUCGACCCCUACUUCUGCUCCUCCAUCGGCAACCGAGUCACCCCAACCACAGUCGCAACCACGCAGGCGAUCUCACCACGGCUGUUGGACCUGUAAACAGAAACGCCGCCGUUGCGACAAUACCCGACCGGAAUGCCAGAACUGCAAGCGCUUGGGUCUGCAAUGCGAGGGCUACGAGGUGCGACUUCGUUGGGGUACUGGCAUCGCGUCGCGUGGCCGCUUCACGGGCGCAGAUAAGCCGUUGGAAGAGUCGAUUCCUCCCCGACCCAAGGGGAGACGCAGAGAUUUGGAAAGGAAACGUAAACAGGAGUUGCCCGACCAGGAACAGAGCCAGGCGCAAGGACACGGAAUGGGGCAGGUUGUAGGCACAGACGUACUUCCGACUUCCCUGGCGAGACCCUGGCCUCUGUCGUGGUCGCAAGAUGAGAUUCUGUUCCAGGAAUUCCUCACUUCCGGGAUCAACGUGCUUCAUUCCACCACGGUUAACGAUAGUGUGCUCCUCCCUCUUCUCCCGCAGCUAUGCGAACAGUCGAAAGCGCUCUAUGCUAUUUGCUUGGCGUUCCAGGUGACGCUAACACCAGAAAUGCGACCACGCUUUUUUGAGUACUUCGAUGCGGCGUUGAACCGGUUCCGGUCUGAACUGGCCACGAGUUUGACAAGCCUCGAAGACGGAACUCUUGCUGCAGGGUUACUUCUAUGCAGCAUAGGAAUUGUCCACGGCCUCCCCUGGACCAUGCACCUAGAAGGCAUGCACAGUAUUCUACAGAGUCAUGGCCUGGAUAGCCUCGCGAUCCACCGUACGCCUUUCCGAACACAUCUCAUCGAAGUCAUGGGAGUCAUGGAUCUGCCCACAUUCACCGUUGGGCGACAGAACCCGAGCAUCGGGGUCUGGCGCAAAUACUGUCGCAGCAGUGGCGCACGGGGGGAAGACGUGGAACAGGUUAGUGGUCUCCCGCGGUCACUACUCGAUAUCUUCUCGUGCAUUGGUGCGGGGACCAUAGAGGAAACAUUCUGGGAUUGGCCGGGUGAACCAGGCAACUUUCUACAAUGUCAUUUAUGGGAAGCAUUUCGAUUAGCUGGUAUCCUGGCCUGUCGACAGCAACAGCGGCAAUGGCGACGACACAGCCUGGGACAGGAGAUGGACACAUCCAGUCCGGCGACGCCGUCGAGUUCUCUCUCGUCGCGCCAGGUGCGUCUUCCCCGGUCCGAAAUCCUUGUAGCCCGGAUCCUGGCCUCGCUAGACGCACUGCGACGAGCAUGCGCAGAUCCCACCGAGAGAGAUAAAGGCACGCUGAUCCUCAAUGCUAUCGAGUAUCCCGUGUUUAUUGCGGGCUUGGAAGCGGAUCUGGUGAACCGCAAUCCGGAAUGGAAGAAAGCAAUCAAGGAAUGCUUUGCUGAUCGGUACCGCCAGGAAGCUGGGGAACAGAACCGAUUAGUGACGGAGUUACUGGAGGAGGUAUGGAUGGCAGGGGAUGGGGUGGACGUGAAUGAAUUGGCCGUUAGGAGAGGCGUGGAGUUAGGUCUAUUCUAG